GAGGAUCUCCGCUGAGGCGUACAGCUCCAGCUCCUCAGGAGAGGCGUUAAAGCUGACUACCUGCAGAGGACUGAGAAACAAACCAUUAGAGCCCAUAGUUACAUAGAAAAAUGAUUGUAGAGGGUGAGAUGCAUUCCAAUGCAUCAGAGACGAACAUCCUUCCAGACAUGGACCCUACAUGGGCCACAACCAUCCUCGUGGUUCCCUGUGUGGUGGUGCUAACAGCUGGAUUUUUUUACCUUUAUGGAGCAAUUAUCAAUUUGCUGUCUAAAACAUCAGUGCGGAAUAAGGUGGUGGUUAUAACGGAUGCUUUAUCUGGGCUUGGAAGAGAAUGUGCAGCCGUCUUCCACAAGGGAGGAGCCAGGCUGAUCCUCUGUGGGAAAAGCUGGGAGAAGCUUGAAGAUCUUGCAGAUGAACUGGCGAAUGCUUCGGAUCCUUCAGCUACGUUCCCGCCAAAAAUUGUGCUGCUUGAUUUUGGGGACAUGGACAGCAUGGCGGAGGCCAUCGCUGAGAUACUGGAGUGCUACGGCUGCUUGGACGUGCUCAUCUUUAACAGCAGCAUGAAGGUCAAAGCUCCAGCACAGAGUCUGUCUCUGGAGAUGGAUAAGCUUCUAAUGGACAACAACUACUUUGGUCCCAUCACUUUGGCCAAAGGUGUUCUGCCCUCCAUGAUCUCCAGGAGAAGUGGUCAUCUGCUGCUGGUUAACAGCAUCCAGGGGAAAAUUGCUGUGCCUUUCCGCACUGCAUAUGCAGCUUCCAAACAUGCAGUUCAGGCUUUCUUUGACUGCCUGAGAUCUGAGGUGGAAGAGUUCGGCAUCUCCGUCAGCACCAUAAAUCACACCUUCAUCAGCUGCUCUGCGUCCCAAACAACGGAGGCGGCAACCUCAAAGUCCCUGCUUUGGUCCCUGUUGUUCACCCGGAAGCCACGCGGUGUUUCUCCAGACGAGGCCACCACCGAGAUUGUAAGGACCUUAAACAACAAGAGGAAAGAAGUUCUAAUUGCUCCCUCGCUUCCAAAGAUGGCCAUCUACGCCAGGUCCUUUUUCCCUAACAUGUUUUUCGCUGUAAUGGCCGCAGGAGUGAAAAACUCUGCUGCCUCUGAGAACAUGUAAAGAUCCCUCUAUGAUGUCAUGGCAGUUAUCACAGAAUGUUUUAUGACCACAGUUCACAUUAAACUAUUAAUCUCAAAAUAAAAUUAUUGAAGCAAAUCCAAAGAACCUCUUGUCCAAAAAGCCCAGAAUACUUCUGUGAUCCUAUCUCUUUUUCAGACACUGUUUUGUUUUUGAUUUUGUUUGAUUAUUUUCACUUUUUAGGGAUUAAUUUCUUCAUUUUUGAUUUAAUUUUUGGUUUAAUAAUAUUACAAAUAUAAAAGCUUAGUUUAUUAAAACUUGACUGUAUUGUUUUGUGUUUCAAAUAAAAAAAGUUAACUCUACGAUACAUUGGAAUUACAUUAAAAACGCACAAUUAAGAAGCAUAUAUAGAAACAAGGAUUCCCGUCAUGUUUUAUUUUUUUAUUUCUAGUUUUAGUAUUUUUAUUUGACUCAAUACAAAUAUGAUUUAUUUGUGCUGUAAAGAGUAAAUAAAGGGAACGAAAUGAGUUUUAUU